AUGAAGUCCUUUUCCAUUCUUCUCCUGGCAGUGGCCGUUUCCGCCGCCCCAACCGGCAGCAUUCGCCGUGAUGGAGUCACUUCCGGCGACGCUGUCCAGGGAGCAGUUGGCAGUUCUCUCGACGUGGCAAGCAAGCUGCUCGGUGCUCGGGCCACCAAAACCGAAGUCCUUCAGGAUUUCGAGAAGCAAGAGGAAGCCGAGGAAGCAAAGGCCAAUGCCAAGAGAGCCACCAAUGUCCAGCAACUUCAGGACUUCGAAAAAGAAGAAGAGGCGGAGGAGGCUGCCGAGGCUCAAAAGCUGAACACUCGGACCCUCCAGGACUUUGAAAAGGAAGAAGAAGCAGAGGAGGCAGCUGAGGCUAAGAAGCUAAAUUCCCGCGCACUUCAGGAUUUUGAAAAGGAAGAAGAAGCGGAAGAAGCGGCAGCGACCAAUAAGCUAAACCCUCGGGCCCUCCAAGACUUUGAAAAGGAGGAAGAGGCAGAGGAGGCUGCUGUGUCUCAAAAGCUAAACACUCGGGCCCUCCAAGAUUUUGAAAAGGAGGAAGAAGCAGAGGAGGCGGCUGAGACAAAGAAGCUCAGCACCCGUGCCCUUCAAGACUUUGAGCAGGAAGAAGAGGCAGAAGAAGCCGCAGCAGCCAAGAAGCUUGGUGGUGAUACUACCGCUUAA